UAAUUCUAAUAUCUAAAUUAAAAAUUCAGAAGUAAUUCAAAAUAAAUUAAGAGAUCUUCAUACACAUUACCAAUAUUGAUAAUUUAUAUAAAACUCCUGGGAAAGAUUACUAAACACAAAGAAGGUGAUCAAAAAUAAAGAUGUCUUGGAAUGGAAUUAAAAAGGCAAUCAAUAGGGCAGGUACCCAGGUGAUGAUGAAAGUUGGUCAGAUUGAUGCAACUGUAGACUUGGAGUUUGAGUUUGAAAAGAAAAGAUUCCGUACAAUGGAGGAAAAAUCCAAUAAAUUACAACUGGAACUUAAACAUUAUUUAUCAACACUUCGAAAUCUUACUACAGCACAAUUGAAUGUAUCAGACGUAUUAAGUACCUUCUAUGGAGAUGGUGCUGAACAAUCAGUAUCGAAAGAAUAUCAUAUGGUGAUGGAGAAAUUAAAUAAGGAAACAUUACAAGAACUUGAACAACCCUAUUCCCAAACAGUACUUAAUCCGAUAGCUCGUUUCAAUCUGUACUAUAUAGAGAUAAACGAGGCAAUUAAGAAGAGAAACCAUAAGCAAUUAGAUUAUGACACAAUGAAAUCUAAAGUGCAAAAAUUGAUGGAUAAUCCUGGUACUGAUGAAAUAUAUGAGAAAAAAUUGGAAGAAUCACAACGUCAAUUGGAAAACACUGAAGUUAUUUAUAAUAAUAUCAACCUGCAAUUGAAACAAGAACUUCCACGCCUUGUUAAUCUCCGGAUUCCAUUUUUAGAUCCUUCAUUUGAAUCAUUUGUAAAACUUCAACUCAAGUUUUUCUCUGAUAGUUAUCAAGAACUCAAUGGGAUCCAGAGUAAACUUGACGCACAAACACGACAAGAAUAUAUAGAAGGGAAAUUGGAUAAUAAGAUUGAUGAUGUUUUGUUGAAGAUGAGGGAAUUAAAUAUUACGGGUAUGUAAUGAUCGAAAUACAAGAUAAGGGUAACAUUUAACAGCGUAGA